AUGUUUGACAUUCUUGGACUCAUCUGCAUGAUUUGGUGGUGUAUGAUGCUAUUUCAUCCCUUGCAUGCUGAAAUCCAGUGUAUGGGGUCAAAAGCACAAGAAUCACCUAUUACGAAUGUGAAAAUGAAUUGGAUUAAAAGGGAACUGUCCUGGGAGAGCAGCAAGAAUUUCUCUAAGUACAGAUGUACCAUCAUGGACAGCAGAAGGGCAAGUCUACAGAAAGAGGUGUAUAGUCCACUAUGCACGUUUCCAGUGGAAGUAUACAUGCCUCUGCACAAAGGGAUAACCUUUAUCAUUGAAGUGCCAAACACAAACAUCUCAGAAAAAUGCACCUUUAACCCUGGAGGCACGACUGGGUCGGCCAUUGCAAAUUUCUCCUGUGUGAUUUAUAACGUUUCCCUCAUGAACUGCACUUGGCAGGCAGGCAGAGAUGCUCCAGAAGAUACCCAAUAUUAUCUCUACUGGCAGAACUCGAGAGACGACGACCAGGUGGAAUGUGAGCUUUACAUGAAAGGUGAAAAUGGCAGAAACGUGGGAUGUAGAUUCAAAAAUGUGAGGAUAGAGAUUGAAAAAGCCUACUUCCUGGUGAACGGGUCUAGCAAAGACUCCCUGAUCGAGUUCUAUGAUGAGUACAUUGAUCUGUAUAAAAUUGAAAUACUCACUCCUCCAUUAAAUGUCACUGUCAAUUGUACUGGAGGUCCAGCGAGUUGCAGAAUUACAUGGCAACCACCCCGUACAAAUCAUGUGGGAAAAGCAGGCUGUUUUCAGUUUCAAAUUAACAUACAAAAUAAGGAUGACCCCACAGAAAAGAAAAAGAAUCUGACUGUGCGGGACACCACAUACGAAUUCCAAAAUUACAAUGAGAAAAAGAAAUACAUUCUGAAAAUCAGAGCACGUGGAAAAUACUGUCCUGUAAGCUCAAACUGGGGGGAAUGGAGUGAACCCAUUGAGUUUGGUCAAGAGAAAGAUCACUUUAUUUUUGUGAUUUUAUUUCUGAUAGCACUUGGAACAAUCUCAGUGACACUGCUCCAAUAUUGUCUUUUCAAAAGGUAUUGUAGCUUCAAAAGCAUAUUUUCUCCCGUUCCACAACCAAGAGACAAAUUUAAUGUAUCAACUGAUGAAGAUAUCCAGACAGAACACAUAAUUCCACCAAAAAAAAGUUGUACAGAGGAAAUAACUACAGUUGAAGAGAUGACCUAA